UCGACUGGCUCCAGUCGGAGUCGUUACGAUUCCUCCGAAGUGGUGUUUUAUUAGUCACGAGUGUCAAGUGCAAUUUUAUUGCUUUUUAUCGAAGUUCUAGAUAUUGUUUAUAUAUUGUUUUGUCCCCAGGCUUGAUCUCGUCAAGGACAACCUAAGUGUGUUCCCACAACGAAUCGUAUGCUAAUGGCCGCCGUUUAAGAACGGUUUCCAAAAUGGCAACUUGAUUGUGGUGAUAUCAGCCAGAAGAGCGAUGGUGUUGUAAGUGGUAUUGCAUCGUAAAAAGAGCUUCAAAGUCUAUCAUCGAUCGAAUAUGAAACAAAUUUAAAUGUUCAGAUACCUUCACGUAUUGGCGCAUCAAGCUUUUAGUUUAAUGUGGCUUGGCUUUAAGUCAUUAGGCUCUGGCCGUGCUAAUUGGUCAGAAAAGGACAUUCGUACAUUGUUGUGGCUUGCAUCCCUUCCGGGAAAGGAAGCGAUCAUUUGUUUUAAUUGGCCAGCGAUCAAUUAUUCGAACAAACCUUAUCGCUAAUGAUCGCCGCUUUGUGAGCACUUUGCGGAGUUUAAUCAGUCAUUUGGCAUGCAAAUUACAUGUUGCGACUAUUUUUGGUAGUGAAAAAUGAAUUCUAGACAUUUUAUUUGGCGUGAUCAUCAAUACAGGUAGUGUUUUCUUUUUCUGCUGUGGAUUCUUCUAUAAGCCCUGGUUGGAAGACUCUCAUUUGUCAUGGACAAUAGCUACCAUUUCCCUGUGAGCUGCACUGUCACCUGGCCAACCAUUUUACUUUAUCUGGACAGGUUAGCCAAUACCGUUGUGGAAUAAAAACAUGAUCAACAAAUUGGGGACAGUUUCCUCAAUUGGAAAUGGCCAGUUAAGCGAUUGAUUGUCGUUCGAUCGACAGUCAAUAUUAAAAUGCUCCCACGCACCUGUACACUGCUUCUGCCGUGGUCGUCGUCCUCGGCCGACUACUUUCUUCGGCCGCUGUGUGUCUUUUCCAUGGACGGACAUUAAAAAUGGCGCGACGUGACGAUCUCUCACAUGAUGGCGACUAAAAAGCACUCAAAUAAAUGAAUCGUUAUGUUCAUCGUCCCGACGCCAGUCGGACGAUCAACAUUAUUCUGGCGAUCAUUUAUUUUGGCACGUUGUGAAUGGGAUCGCUUUUGGGCUUGUCUCCUUCGCCUUACCAGCCCGAAUCUGGAUCAGCCCGUCCCUGGGUGAAAAGCCGUUCUGUGCAAAUUGCCAUACCGCAAAGGAGAGCAAGCCAGCUAUUGACAUCUCUACAGCACGAAAGAAAUCACGUUUCAUCGCUAGUCUUGGGGUUUUAUUUUGCGCAAGCACCGAAACUGGUACGCACACGGGCGGGCAAGCAGAUACACAGGCGGUGAGUGAGUUUUAUAAUCACCCGGCCCCGUGAGGCGAGCUGAGCGCGAUUGCGUUUGAUUGCGAUUGUUGCGAUUGUCGCCGCGGCGUAGAUGCGUGGGAGGAAAUGUUGGACCUACGGAUCGGGAAAGCGAACCCCGAUCAGGCGCUGCCACCGGUGUGCGAAAUGGUGUUUAGCAAUUAAGAAGCGUUACGCUCGAACACACUUCAUCCUCCAAUGUGCCGGGGGAUGGCUUGCGACUGGACCAUCCCUAAUAUGGUGACACUGUCGCGGUGGUGGAACUAAUCAGCACGCAAAAAUCAAACAUCGAAAUCGGGCGAUUUGAGCGCUCGGUGCUGGAAAAGGAGAGAAAGGCGAUCGAUACUGUCCGAGAACGCGACCGUUACCAUCUCCGUAAGCGGCAGAACGUGAUUCACCGUAAUCUGGGUGUCUUGAGGACCAGCAAAAAAGUGUGGCUAAAAUAGGUGAGAAGGGUGAGAAAUAGAUGAUGUUAAGUGCAAAGAUUAAUUACAUUGUCCGGUAGUCACCUCCCCAGUGUUCUACCAUGGCUAGCGGCAACACAAACAAUAUUUGAAUAUCGAAGGAUUAAGAACUAGAAUUAGAAUUAGAAUUAGAACUUAUCCGAAUUAGAACUCCGCUGACAGAGGCGACAGCGGCGCCGGACUUCACACGGCAUGGCCGGGGUUCAAUUCCCAUCCAGACUGCCUCCCCCUACGUAAGGCUGAAUACUUUACUACGGGUAAAAUUAAGUCACAGAAAGCCAGAAAUGGCAGGCCGAGACCGAGACCUCUCGAGGUUGUAGUGCCAAGGAAGAAGAAGAAGUUAUAUUUUUGUAAGAGUUGUAUGAAAAAGCUUUUCCAUAGUGUCCAUCGGUUGCUAAAGGUUCUGUUUGUUCUUCUCUGUUGUAUGUCUUAAAGGACAUUGUAGCAUCCUCAUUCUCUGAAACACAUUUUCUGUUCUUUAUAGUCCCAUCUACGAUUACAUCCAUUUGAACCUUGAUUUUUUUUAAAGGAUUACUACAGGUUUUAUGAUGGCUAAUUGUUUAAUCAGUGAUGCAAGGUGCUUUGUCUUCUUCUCGCUUUAUUUUGUUUAUCCUUGAGACCUAUAUGAUGCCUACGUUAUUCAAGAAUAUCAAGCCUCGUGAGGUUUAUUUAUCUCCGAAUGACCACCAUCUCCUCUAGAAUGCGAUAUGUAGCUCAUCACGAAUUAGCUCGAUUAGUUUGUAAACGAUCUACAGCGACCUGUAAAAUCCAAACUAGCACAACGACCAGCUCUCAACGGCUUUGAUCGAUCUCGACGCCUGCAGUUAAUUUCAUGUGCAUUCAGCAUUGCUCACGGGAAUUAUCGUCUGUCAUAAACUAUCCAUCAAGCGCAUGUAAACCGUCGUGAAACCCUAUCGUCGCUAUUCAUGCCAAAAGCUGCACGUGCACGCGCCUGCAUUUACACCAUUGUUUUGGUUUGAGAUGUCUCGUCAGCAAUGCACGGCGCCCUUGCCCACUGUGACAUCAUUCUCAUCGGCUAUGGCUAAAACUGCACACCCGACGCAUGAUGCCCCGUUUAUCUAGUGUGUGCUGCAACUAUUUGGCGUUGGGUGCCAAACAAAUGUGCAUCCACUAGAUAAUGGUGGGAUAAAAUGUGUGAUGUUGUACCUGUGCUGCGACCACGUGCCAUCGCACAUUGUAAGAGGGCGAAUUUAAUUGGUUAAUCAUGUGUGAUUUCUUCAUUCAUUCUUUCCCAUUACCACCGAGCAGCCACCGUGUACCAGGUACCAUAUUCCCCCCCCACAGUAUCAAAAAGCAGAAGAACAGCAAGAGCACUGUGGCCCAACUGUGUUGUGACUGCCGAUUUCUGCGUCUUCUAUCGUACAUCGAGUGUGCAGCCCCACCGCGAAAGACACAGAGCACACUGGCACGGCAUGCCAAGCAGUCAGUGUUAGGGUGUCGCUCUGGCCAAAGUAGUUGGUGGUUUCAAUCGGGUUCAGUUUUCGGGAUGCGUUCGUCGGACAAUGUGCUGGUGCGUGGACGAGUGCGAAUAGCUGACUAGUGAAACGCGCGCAUAGUGGUACAGUGAAUCAAGCAGAACGUUUUUUAACCCAUCCGCGACGAGGGUUUAAUAGACGAUAGUCAUAGAGACAGAGAAAGUGUGUAGCUUGAACUGAACUACACGUUGCAAGUGAAUUGCGUGCAAUCGGAACGACAGUAAACAUCUACUACAAUCAAUCGACAGAAGCACGUGCUGAGAACAGGAACAAAAUGGCAACAUUGCUGAAGAACGUUACCAACAGUAUAUGCCAUGCGUUCAAUGCUUUGCAGCAGAAUCGUGAUGGAUUCGUGAGCAAGUCUAAGCUAAAGGUGCUAACGGCAAACAUCGCCACGCUGCUGGAUCUUUACGGUGUGGAGCGUGGACUGGAUCACUUCCGCUCGACGGCAACACUGAACUUCGAGCAUUAUCGAUACUAUUUGGCGCAGGAGGUGUUUGCCGGUGUGUCCAACGAGCUGCCACUGGCGGCAUUGCGCAAUUAUGAAACCAAAAUCGAUGAGGUCUGCUGGUUGGUGUGUCGGAUGAACUUUCCGGCGAACGAUCAGUACUACACGGAGGAGGCCGUUUACAAGCUGUUCCGCAUAUUCUGUCUGGUGGCCGAUCUAUCCACCGAUGCGUCCGAGCCGGACCUGUACGCGGUGAAGAUUCACCCGAUGGAGGCGUUCAUCAUCAUCAAGCAUCUGCUGAAUGCGCUGGGAUUGAAUUACGACGGCGAUGGCAAGUACGACUACCUGCGCACGUCCGAUCAGUCGCUUGAGUUUGGUGAGUUGCUGGAGAUGUUGCGCUUCAAGAACUACGAUAAGGUGAAUGAUUACCGCGAGUCGAUCUGCGAGGCGAUCGGCGACAUGUACCAAACGUUGAUCGAGGACGUCAUCAAGAAGGGCUACCUGUUCCGGCGCGGGUAUGUGCUGCCGACGUUCCGCGAGUACUUCUUUGUGCUGCAGCCUUGCGAGCUGUCGUACUACAAACAUCCAGCAGAUAGGGAGGUUUGUGGCACGAUCGUGCUAGACUCCCGCUUCAUGGUGAAGCCGGCGGGUAAUCCAAGCUCGGGCAAACAGGAGAAGGUACAGCGCUUCACACUAGUUUCGGGCGACCGGACGUAUGAGUUGGGCACGCCCGAUCACAAAACGCGACUGCAGUGGAUCGCGGCGCUGCAGCUAGCCAUUACGUACUCCACAGGACGCGAGGGCUUCCAGCGCGACACGGUCAACAGACGGAAGCAGCAGCGCGAAGCGGAGCAGCGCCGUCGGCGUGAGGAGGAGCAACUGCGCAGUCAGCAUCUGCGCCGGUUAGAAGAAACACACGUGCAGCUGGAGCGAGAGAAACAAGCCCGACUAGCGGCAGAAUCGCAGGCCCGCCAGUACGAAGCCGUUGCGCGGGAAGAUUCGAGACGGGUGGCCGAACUGGAGGACGUUAAGCUGUGUCUGGAGAAGAUGCUGGAGGACGAAAUACAGGCCAAACGAGACGAGGAGAUUGUGCGUGCGUUACAGGCGCGUGUGCUAGCUGAGGAGUGGGAAAAGCGCGAAGAGCUGGAACAGUUGCAGGCGGAGCAGAAGAGUCUGCUGGAGCAGGAGCGUCAAAAGCGGAUGGAGUUCGAGCAUCGGCAGCAGGAGAACGAACAGAAGCUGUUCGAGGCGGAAGGUAUGCUGAGGCAGCUGGAGGAAGAACGCAAACGGCUCGAUCGCGAACUAAAGCUGGCCCGUCAGAAAAUACAGCUGUCGGAGGACAAUAAAGGCAUUGUGGAGGCAAAACUGCAGGCCAUGUCACCCACCUACCGGACCAGCGCCGGCGAGUUUAUGAUCCGCCGUACGCAAUCGUUUGUGGCCGCCGAUCGACCUGUGCUCGUAGCCGGUACCAGAGCAUCCCAUCGGUUUAGCUAGAGUCGAACCGCAGUCAUCCGCCACGAUCCGGAACACAGCGAUCUGGCCGGGAUCGGUUGCGACAUAACUUAAUAACACGCUUCGUUUGUACUGUAUGAGUAUUUGUAUUUUACGGUUCUUAGUUUUCUGUAAGCACUAAUCACCAUUCCACACCACUACGUUGUAAGGAUUUAUUUAAUAAAAAGCUAAAUGAAAAGAUCGGCAAAA